CUGCAUUUUAAAUAUCAGUGCUUGUAGCUACGGACAACGAGAAUGGCCCCUACCAAGUCUCGAGAACCUCAACCCGCCAAAGUUACAUCCAAACUGAUAACCUCCAAGCCCGCUCCCCGUGAUACCAUUCGGUUGGGAGCCCAGCCUCAGAAAACUGAACCCAAGCCACCCGAUGUCACUGAGUCUGCGACAAAGCCACAGCAGGUUUACACUAAGAAGCACACACAUCGCUCUAGCAAACCUAUCAUUAACUGGUUUCAGCGCAAGUUAUCAGGUACUGUGAAGCCGAGCAGGAUUCCAGAUAACGCGUUUGUUCCGAGCAACUCACAGAAGCCCCCCAACGGCAAGAAUGGUACAAACGCGUCUCAUUCGAGGUCGAAUAGUCGUUCAGUAUCUUCUCCGUUGCCACAGCUCACACCAAGUUCAUCGCAAAGACAGGGAGUACCUGGAAAUGGCAGUCGAAAUGGUUAUACCGCGUCUCAACGGAAGACUAUUUCCCUAAAUGGAGAGGGUGAUUUGGAUACCGGUUUCAUACUAUCAGACGACGAAGAUCUUGACGCGUCAACUUAUCGUUCGUCACUAGCCCGCGACUCCUUUUGGUCUCCUGCAAGCGCUCUCGAAGCAGAUGAAGAUGCUUCUCUUCGGCCUCUCCCCCCAAGUUCACCUCCAUCUCCUUCAUUAUCCCACUCCUCUUCUUCAUAUCUAUCCAAUCCUCGCACCUUCAGAAGUAUUGCCGCAAGCACGAAACCAACAACAGUACUAAGCGUUGAUCUUGGUCCUGCCGGAGUAGGACACAUAGCACAAGUUCCUAUUACACCGGUUUCCCAAACCAAUCCUCGUUUUCAGCCCCAUGGACGGACAUCAUCUACCGGAACAAAUAGUGGGUUGAUAGGUAGUGGUGCAUCUGUUACCUUCUCUGCUCUCCCGCCAUCUCUUCAAUCAUCUUCUCGCCCGCCUUCCUCCCUGAAUUUCAGCUCAUCCACGCCGGUGUCACUAGGCCCGUCAUCUCACAUGCCUGGACUACAGGCCCCUCUGUAUACCGCGUAUCAUCCAAGGAACAAUCCUCGUCCCUCUUCUCCACCUAUGGAUAAUGCUUCCGUUUUGACCCUCGCUUCUUCGGCUUAUGCUAUGCCCGGCCAACGUUUAACAAUGGGAUUUAUGGGUUCAACUGCACUGUCGGGACUGAUCGGAGGUGGAGACUCGAUUUCUCAUUUAGAGGGCAGCUUUACCGGAGACGCAGAAGGCGACAUCAUGAGCCAGUUUGUGCUUGGAGAUGAUGAUCGCCAUGAUGCUGAUGUAGAACGCGACGUAGAUGCCAGCGUGCGUGCUCUUCGUCCACGGAGCUCACGGAGAGGAAGUUGGGAUAGUGAGGUUAGUGGGUGGAGUGCUAGGGUUCUAGGAACGGGUGGCCCCAUAAGCAUGGGUAGCAAGAGCUUGUGGACAAACAAUAGUGCUAAAACUGGCGGACCUUUGAGCGUGGAUGAUGAAGAAGUCACCGGUGGUCUGGAAGCCUCACUGGAGGAAAAGGAUUCUUCAGACGGACCAGAGCAAGUCGACGUGUCCCCACCUGAUACGCCUGCUGCAGGUGACGGAUACGACUCGACCAAGGAAACGGUGGUUGAUCGAUCCUCCGAAUCUGUUGAUAAUGUUCCUGCUACCCUUGGCCGGACUUCAGGAUCCGUAGCAAUUCGCGAGCUUUCCCUGGUGGAAACCUAAGAAUACGUGGGAGGUAAUAUCGAUUUCACUCUUGAUCACUGAGAGCUGCCAGGGUGAGAUACAAUUACAAUCUGGUGUCACCGCAGCUUUCCUUCUUGCUACCUUAUGUAUGUUCUUCGUUCAUGUUAUACACUGCAGUUACCACUCUCCUUGACGUUGUUCUAAUCAUCAUUGGCAUGCGUAUUAUCACACUCAUUUACAUAGCUCUGCAUCUCAUUCUGUCGUCUUAUCAGAUUUAUUGUACGCAUUUGCUCGCUACCCGAUGGAAGUAACCAUACAACUCGUAAGAUACUCCCGAAUCUCCACUGCAUACAAGAUCAACAUAGUACAAAUGGGAUGCAACUUGACCACAAUACUCAAUACUGAAUAGCUAGUUCAGG